AUGUCCUCCCUCCUGUCGCUACCAAAUCCACGAGACUACGAUGUUGAUUUCGUCCUAGGUUUUGUGUCCACGAAGCCGACAGAGUUGCCAGGAUACUAUGCACCCUGGUGCGAACUCCUCUUGGAUCUGCCGCAUCUGCUUCAGGCUAAGACCCUUAAGGCCCAGGUCAACAAUCUCGAAACACUCGCCACUGACCAUCUCCUGACCUCGGCGCACUGGCAACGUGCAUAUGUUGUCCUGGGCUUUUUGACCCAGGGCUUCGUCUGGCAGGAAAAAAGCAGGCCUUCACAAGUCAUUCCGGCUAGUCUCGCCGAGCCUUUUCUCGACGUCUGUAACUACCUCGGGAUGAAACCCGUUCUCAGUUAUGUCGGACUGUGCCUGUGGAACUGGAUGCAAAGAGAAGAGGAUAUCCGGUCGCCCCCGUUGCAUGCUCUGGCCAACUUUCAGGACAUCAAGUCUUAUGCUUCUUUUACGGGCACGAGGGACGAAGAUGCGUUCUAUCUAGUGCCAGUAAUGGUCGAGGCUCAGGGCGCCAAGCUCAUCAAGUUGAUGCUGGAUACAAUCGCCGCAGACCAAAAUGGCGAAAUACUAGACUUGGUGUCCAGCUUGGAUGUUUGUGUGACAACACUGACGACGAUGAGGGAAUCCUUAUCUGUCUUAGACCGGUAUUGUGAACCAAUAUUCUUCUUCGAACAGAUACGCCCAAUGCUCGGAGGUAGCGUGGGUGCAGAAGAAAAGGGACUCCCGGAUGGUGUCGCACUUGAACGAAGUGACGGAUCGCGAAUCGUCGUCAAGUGCGCUGGGGGCAGUGCCGGACAGAGCUCUCUCUUUCAGUUUCUCGAUCACAUGUUUGGCGUUCGCCACGAAUCCAAAAUGCUGCUUGAGAUGAGGGCCUACAUGCCAAAGAAGCACAGGGAAUUUCUCGAAGCGGUUGAACUCAUGCCUUCGUUGCGGGACAUGGUUGAGCGACGCCCGGAAGACCAGGACUUACGUUGUGCCUUCCACGGCGUCAUCGAUGCGUUCCAGAAGUGGAGAACGAAGCAUGUCAUCCUCGUGUCGAGGUUUGUUGUCCAACCCGCCGCAGCUGUGGCGAAGGGCAGGCCUGCCGGGCAGCAGAGAGGCACAGCUGGCUCGCAGCCGAUGCCAUUUUUGAAACAAUACAGGGACGAGACCGUCUUUAGGCUUCAAACUUGA